AUGAACAGGGACUUGGAGAUGGCUAGAUAGGCUUAUAUGGGCAAAAAUGUAGAGAUGACUAAGCAAGCACAUAACUACAAUCCAUCAGAAUAAUUGUAUACAGACAAUAGAGCAAAUGAAAAUGACCCAUUAUAAAAAUAAGGUACUUUAAGGUUUUAGAGCAUUCUUUAGAUUCCCAUUAAGAGAAGCAUUCUACAGGUGGUAAUUAUUUACGAAGUUCGGUUUUUGGUGGAAUGGAUGGCAUGAUGACGACAUUUUCGGUUGUUACUGCUGUUAUUGGAGUAAAUCUUAUUAUAAAAAAUAGGGAAAUUUUGGAGUUCAAGCCGUGUUGGCUUUGGGAGUAGCCAAUAUGAUAGGAGAUGGAUUAUCUAUGGCUUUGGGUGAUUAUUUGUCAACGAAAUCAGAAUAGUAGUUUUUUAAGUAGGAGAGAGAGAGGGAAAAGUGGGAAGUGGAAAACAAUUUGGAAGGAGAGAAAAAAGAGAUGAUUGAUUUGUAUAAGGUAUCGUGAAUAUUUAAUCAUAAGAAAAAAGGAAUGGACCAAGAGGAUGCAGAGAAGAUUAUGAGUAUUAUAAGCAGACAUAAGGAUGCAUUUAUUGACAUCAUGAUGUUGGAAGAAUUAGAAUUGGGAGGUUCAGAAGAAAACCCAUUGAUGAAUGCAUUGGUGACUUUCAUUGCCUUUAUUUUAUUCGGAUUAGUUCCAAGUAUAUUCUCAGAAUAAUUAUUAUCAUAGUUAUUCCAUUUAUUGUUGCAGCUAUUGCAGGACUGACAGAUGGCACCACUGACACAUUGUUUUAUAUAUCUAUUGCAAUGACUGCUUUAUUCUUGAUUAUAUUGGGAGUCAGUAAAUCAUUCUUCUCAUAUGCUUCUUGGUGGAGAUGUGCUGCAGAAACCCUAUUUGUAGGAGCAUGUACAGCUAGCUCAAGCUAUUUGAUUGGUAUGGCCUUUGAAGGAAAAGAAAUUGGUUGAAUAUGAC